UCAGUCAUUCGAAAGAGAAUCUCAAACCAGAUUUGAUUCAGCUCUUAACAUUUAACCAAGAAAUGUCACAAAAUAUCAACUAAGUUUCAAGUUGACUUUUUGAAUUCUGGUCUGUACAAAAAUGGCAAGUUCAGAAAAGUUUUCUUCAAUCAACUCCAAAAAAGAGCUAAUGAAUCGCUACAGUCGAGAGAUAGGACGCGAACACUACAACAAAAUCUGCAGCCAGAAAGAGAGACCCCCACCGUACGUGAGAAGAAACUCGAGGGAGAAAUUUUACACUCGGUCAACAACCGCCGAAACACUUCAAAACAACAACAAUACCAUUGGUAACAGUAAUACAGACUACUUGUGCAGAGAAAUCCCACGCGAACUGGAAAAAUAUUAUCAGCAAAUCAAAUUCCUCAAAACACUUCUCGCUGAAACACGAGCUUCGUUUGAUCAAAUUAACCAGUUCGGAUAUUACGACUUCGAGAACCCGACAUCGCCGUUGAAGGUGAUAGAAAAUGAAGAGUUCGGGAUCACCGAGACACUUACCCGACCGGCGAGCAUAGUCAUACUCGGACAGGAUAACAUCGCGAAGGCUACAGUUGUCCGAGCGCUAUUCGGAGAGGAACUCAUUCCCCGAGACAAAGUCGACGAAGACAUGGAGCUGCAACGAGUGGUUCGGUUUUCAUUCGGCCGGAAACAAGACUACGCGGUCACGACGGCACCUCGACCAAAUAUUCCGACAGACGAAUAUGUAAUCGUGGACCCCGAUAGCGAACUUGACGGCGACGACAGCGAGUAUACGAAUCGAUCGUGUAGUGAAGAUUCUAGCAGCACCAGCACUGGUUCCAAGUCCCGAAGAUCUUCGAAAUGUGAGCAAUCAAACUCGCUUUCGUUCCGCUCGGCUAUCCAUCAGAACAUCAGGCUGAAAUCUGACGAUCGGCUAAUUGUCAGCUUAGGCCUGGCGACGUUGGAAGUUCAGCUUCCUCACGCAGUUCUCAAAACUGGAGGCGAGGUGUUAGUCGGACCCUGUAAUAACCCGUUUAUGACAACUGCAGAUUUUCUGAAACGACACGUGUCAGAAGUGCACCCUAUUGUCAUAUACGCUUUGAGUUACCACAAAUUAAGCAGAGAAGAUAUAAGAGAGCUGCAAGUUAUAAGAGAACUAAGAAAAGACUUGCCUGUAUUUUUCAUCAAAGCUUUCGACGACAACUCGUUCGAGUUGACCGAGUCGGCCCAGUACGAAGUGUCGCAGCAGCUUCGGAUGCAAUUGGUUGAUCUUGGUUUCCUCAAACUUCACGAAGAAGACAGAGGCGGAGUGACAAUAAACGAUGACAGCGAUGACAACGAAUACUUCAGCAACCGGAAACAGAACUUAUUCGAAAACAGCUACCCAAUGCACGCCCUCGCCCGCGGGAAGUUCGAAUCCAAGAAGGUCGAGGUGGCCAGUGUUCUUUGCGAGACCAUUUCCGACAUUGAACAGUUUGUGGGGUUUCUAAUCAAAUCUCUUCGAGCUCACUUGGCUAAUUUAUCAACUUUACUUCAUAACACCCACACUUAUGUGCUGAAAAACUUUGUUUCAACUGCCUACGAAUUAUCGCGCGACUGCCAAAUAACUCCCAAAAAGAUUUUAUAUACGAAAGAAAAAGAGCUGGAAUUGUUUCAGUCGUUGAUGCAAAUUGCAAAUAAGCAGCAAAAUGAUCUGAAAAUCAUCAUCCACGAAACGAUUCACGGAACACGAGAAGAAAUUUUGAAAGAAGCGGCCGAUUUCACACUAAGUCACAGCCAAUCAAUGACUAGCUACGCCGAGGUCAAAAGCUACGAAGCUCAUAUUCAGAACUUAGUCUUAACCAAAAUAAACCAAAGAGUCAUUCAAAAUAUGAGAGACACAACAGCUCAAUUAAAUGAAAACCUCACAGGUGUUUUGGGAAGAUGUCUUAAAGCCCUUGAGGAGAACCUCAAUGAUCAACUGGGUUCCAGUGAGGCCUCCGAUGGCAAUGAAGAACCUUGCGACCACCGACCAGCGCAAACUGCCUUAAAAGCAAUUCUAAAUGCGGCAUACAUGGUCGAAUUGCCAAUAAAUUCUCAAGAACCAGAUGAUAAAAACUCUGCCAAUUUGGUAUCCAAAAUGAGAGAACUUUUCACUUCAAUGACAUAUAAGAAUUCGCCGCCUUCUUUUUUCACAGCCGAUUGGAAAAUGUCGAUUGCUAAUAAGCUGAUGUCCGGCUUAAGCGAAGCAAAGCUUGCCAAAAUGAUAUGCCAGCAAUUCAAAAACAAAUUACAGAAUUCACAUGAACAAUUUUUGAACGCUCUGAAAAACUUAGAAGUUCGUCAGGCGAGGAAAUUAGAGAAGAACGAAGAACGAAGGAUGCAAGUUCGGAAAAACUUGGCGCCUAAAAUAUCACGACUCGCUAUGGAGUCGUUAUCACUUCGGGACUGCGCGCUGUACGGGCUGCCGAAACUAGAAGGUGAAAUUGGGCGCGGUCAAUACGGGGUUGUCUACGCCUGUCAAACCGGGUGGGGCAAAUACACCAAUGUGGCAAUCAAAAGUUUGCUCCCCCCUGACGAAAAACACUGGAAUGACCUUUCCAUGGAGUAUUACUACACCAGAAGCUUACCAGCCCAUGAUAGAAUAGUGCAAAUUAGGGGGUCAGUUAUUGACCAUAACUAUGGGGGAGGGGGUUCGGGACAAGUUGCGGCCCUACUAAUCAUGGACAGAUACCCACGUGACUUGUACAGUGCCAUUAAGUCACGACUCUCUUACCCUGACAGACUACAAGUGGCUCUCGACGUCGUCGAUGGUUUGAGAUUCUUGCACAGUCAAGGAUUGGUGCAUCGAGAUAUAAAAUUGAAAAAUAUUUUACUCGACGAGAGAAAUCGGGGCAAAAUAACCGACUUAGGGUUCUGUAAGCCCGAAGCUAUGAUGAGCGGAAGCAUCGUGGGGACUCCGAUUCACAUGGCACCCGAGUUGUUGCGAGCCGACUACGAUCAUUCGGUAGACACUUACGCUUUCGGAAUUCUUUUUUGGUACAUGUGUGCUGGAACAGUUAAACUGCCCCAUAAUUUCGAGCAGUGUACUUCAAAAGAGCACCUAUGGAGUGUAGUUCAAAGGGGGGUUCGACCCGAGAGGCUGAGUUUCUUCGAGGAGGACGCGUGGAGAAUAAUGUCCGAAUGCUGGCUAACAGUACCGGCUACGAGACCCCAUUUGGGUUAUAUCAGGCCGAGGUUGGAGGCCCUUGUCCAAUCAGCAAUCACCAGAACUCUCGCUCACAGAAAUAACAACAAUGAUUCACAGACAAGGCAGGCUAGAAAUACAACGUUUGUCGGGCCUCCCGCUUUAUAGCACCCUCGUAAACUACUUUUAACUUUGAAAAAAUUAACUAAUUCAUGAGCAAGAAAAUUGAUAACUUCAGGGUGUUUAUUUAAAGAUGUGGUAUUUCAUUUUCUUCAAAUUUUUGUGCCUUAGUUUUCGUUAUUGUUUUGGAUUUAUUCACUGGUAUACCAAUUUAAUAUUUAUUUCAUG